UUUGUGGGGUUAUGUAUAUAACCUAUAUAUUUAUUAGAUGGGAUAUUUUUCACAAUAGUUAACAGAGUCCGUUAUCAAUUUGUCAUUCUUUUUUAAUGAUAAAAAAGGUGAGAUCUUACUUAGCACCUACACACAACACGGGACAAACAAGUUGGAUAUAUUUAGUAAAUUGAUAAUUGGUCCUAUCAUCGUUAAAAGAUUUGGUAUUCAAUUCCUUGUUCUAAGAUAAAAGAAAGUAUCCUCUUCCCUCUUCCCUCUUCCCCCUUCUCUCCCCACCUUGGACCCCAAAAUUUCUAAAUUGCGAACGAGCUGUGCCUCUUCCGCAAAGCCCCAUCAUAACUUUAGAAGGCCAACCUCAACUUCCUUGUCUUCCUUGUCUUCCUUGUCGGCGGCUAGGGAGAUCAUAAGGAGAGCAACUAACAUCUUCCGAAUCUCCCAUACUUAUAUUCGUUCUCUUAUCGUAUCAUUGAUAUACAUUCAUUUCAAAAAGGAAACAUCUCACUUCAACCUCACCCACUUUGAGAUCAAUCACUCUUAGAUCUCAUCAAGACCUCGAAACUUACGCGUUCCACAACAUCCGAAUCAAACAUGGCGGAUCUUCAAGGAAGAAAGGUAUUCAAGGUCUUCAAUCAGGACUUCAUCGUCGAUGAGAGAUAUACAGUAACCAAGGAGCUCGGUCAAGGAGCUUAUGGUAUCGUCUGGUACGAUGUUACUUUCUUUUCGACCCUACCUGCAUAUGCGCACAUCCGUAUGAUAAACCUCUAGCUAACAUUAUUCUUUAUCUCAGUGCCGCUACCAAUUCUCAAACACAAGAAGGUGUCGCAAUUAAGAAGGUCACAAAUGUCUUUAGUAAGAAGAUUUUGGCAAAGCGUGCGCUACGAGAGAUAAAGUUGUUACAACAUUUCAGAGGUCAUCGUAACGUAUGCGACUCUUAUAUUCAUGAUGGUGGUGGGGUAGUGCUGACCCUAGAUAGAUUACUUGUCUGUAUGAUAUGGACAUUCCUCGACCAGAUAACUUCAAUGAGACAUACCUCUAUGAAGGUAAGAUGGACUUUUUCAUUCCCAUACUCAAUUCAUACUAAUUUCUUCUUCGCAGAGCUUAUGGAGUGUGAUCUCGCUGCUAUCGUACGAUCUGGUCAACCACUCACCGAUGCACAUUUUCAGUCUUUCAUUUAUCAAAUUCUUUGUGGUUUAAAAUAUAUUCAUUCUGCGAAUGUUCUUCAUCGUGAUUUGAAGCCCGGUAAUUUGCUGGUCAAUGCCGAUUGCGAGUUGAAGAUUUGUGAUUUUGGUCUUGCAAGAGGUUUCUCCGUUGAUCCUGAAGAGAAUGCUGGAUACAUGACGGAAUAUGUUGCUACAAGAUGGUAUCGUGCCCCUGAGAUUAUGUUGAGCUUCCAGAGCUAUACGAAAGCUAGUAAGUUAUACCAUCAUGGGUCGAAAAGUGACAUGUCACUAACCUAAAUUAGUUGAUGUAUGGUCAGUAGGGUGUAUUCUCGCAGAAUUACUUGGCGGUCGUCCCUUCUUCAAGGGAAGAGAUUAUGUUGAUCAACUCAACCAAAUUUUGCACAUCCUUGGUACACCUAAUGAAGAAACAUUAUCACGAAUUGGAUCUCCACGAGCACAAGAAUACGUCCGAAACUUACCAUAUAUGGCCAAGCGACCUUUCCCAACUUUAUUCCCCAACGCCAAUCCAGAUGCCCUCGACCUCCUUGAUCAUAUGUUAGCAUUCGAUCCAUCCUCCCGUAUUGAUGUCGAAACCGCUCUUGAACACCCAUACCUUCAUAUCUGGCACGAUGCUUCCGAUGAGCCCGGAUGUCCAACAACAUUCAACUUCGAUUUUGAAGUUGUGGAAGAUGUUGGUGAGAUCAGAAAGUUGAUUUUAGAAGAAGUUCACCGAUUUAGACAACAUGUCCGUGUUCAACCUGGUCAACAGGGUCAAAGUAAUGGACCUCAAGUACCUAUACCACAGGAUCAAGCAAGCUGGAGGGCUGAGGAUCCAAGACCACAAGAAGCUUAUGGACAAGGACCAAAUGAUCUGGAACAAGAUUUACAAGGUGGAUUGGAUGCUAUGCGAUCAUAGAGAGUGUUUGUCUUAUCAAUACUGAUUCUUGGGAAGUGAGGGGUUUGAUUUCAAACUUGGAUUAAAGAAAAAAAGAUCAAUAGGGAUUGGAUUAUAAGCGUACGAUGCAAGAUUCCCCAAAGCAAGCAUGAAUCAAUUUCUUGGCGCAUUGCGAAUAUUUUCUUAUCCUUUAAUUCUUGAAGAUUUAACCUGAUUAUUGGAAAAAUGGAAAGGACUGGGGUCCAUCUGGUCUGGUCUAAUAAAUGUACGUAGUUUCUUUGAGGCAGGACCUAUAGCAAUGCAACAGCGAAUAUUCUUUUUUUGUCAAUGUCAAACCACCUUGGG